CUUGGCCGACAUACGUUCUGAAAGCCAAGAAACCGGUGUAGGCCAGUCAUUGCAGACCCACUAUCAAUAUCACACUGUGCUUCUAUCGGCACUGUUAGAUUUCACGUCGGCACGUUGAGCACGAAGGAGUGACGAGCUGAAGCUCGGGAGAGCUUCCAAAGGGCGAAAACAAAUGCCGCAGUGCGGUCCCUUCAUCAGCAAGCUGGAAGGCAGCAGAUCGCCAUCUCAUGACCCAGUGUCCUACAUAAGGGUCUUCAAUCGGCCUCGAAGAAAGAUGCAAAAUCUGCUCAUGCCCGUGUCAUCAAAAUCGGGCGGUGGAGACGCAAGGAUGACAGCAGCAAGGGGCGGUAUAGCAGAAUUGCUUGACCUCACGCGGACUGCUGCAAAUCGACAGCCUUGUCGCAGUCCCUCCCAAGAUCGCCGUUCGGAAACAGGCCCAAGUCUCCCUCUUUCGGGGCAGGGAAGUGUGGAGCGUAGGGAGGCCCCGAUCGGAGGGGCUUCACAGUAUCUGAAGAUACUGCUGAAAGAACUUCAGACAUAUUUCACGACCGGGCCACCAUACAAGACAGGAGUGGCCUUGCGGCAGCUGGAAUACCGAGUAAAGGAGCACUGCAGGCAGCGCGUCGCUUUCCCGCCGGACAGCCUUGCAUGUGACCUGAUUUGCCCCGAUCAUCCGUCAAAGCAAGUUCUUACAUUCAGAUGAGCGUCCUCGUCGGCACACUGACUUCUAGAAGUCACCGUGUCCCUCGCCCAACACGGCACUGCCAUACGGAGCGCUACGACAACGGCUAUGGAGGUGGGAUCAUGACCGGGUCGGCAUCCCCUCCGAUGUUGACUCCUCCGCGGAAAGCGCCUCCCCAGCCGCC